AUGGUUCGAAAGUUUUUUUUUGGUUUUUUCCUUAUUUUGGCAGUAAAGAGUGUUUGUUCACAAAAUAAUACAACCUGCCAAAGAGAUUAUUCACAAAACUGUGCAGAAGGGUGGGCAAAAUUAAAUAAUACUGAAGAAUGUAUAUCGCCAUUGUCUUAUAAAGGGCCUUGCCCUCGUUUCCUUAAAUUUGAAAAAGAUAAAAAAAAAAAAAAAAUAUUAGAGAAGCAUUGUAAUAUUUACUGGCCUUGCAUUAAUGGAUGUGAAAAAGACUAUUCUUUUCAAUGCCCCGAAAAAUGGGAACUUGAAAAUGAAAAAAGUUGUCGCCCAUUAGGAACUUAUGAAGGAACAUGCCUACUUGUUCAUGAUUUCUCAAACUUCACUAAUGAGCAAAAAGAAAUUUGGAGUAAUAAAUGUGCAACAACUUGGCCAUGCAAAAAAACAUGUGUAAAAGAUUAUUCGAAACAAUGCCCACAAGGAUGGGUUAAAGACAAUAAUGGAACUUGCUUUGCUCAAAAUAAUUAUGUCGGACCUUGUCUUUCAAGAGCAUCCUUAAUAAAUUUUGAUAAAGAUAUGAAAGUUGCCUUUGAAAAGCUAUGCAUGGUCAAUUAUCCAUGUUUACGGAAUUGCAAAAUAGAUGAGAGCGAUCCCUGCCCAAAAAAUUGGAUACUAAAGUCAAACUAUUUAGGAAAUCCAGAUAGCUGUCUUCCUCCUGAUAAUUACAAUGGAAAUUGUGGAGAUCAAACAAAAUUUAUUGGUAUCGAUACAAAUUUAAAAGAGAGGAUGGAAUAUGAAUGUGGAAUAAAAUGGUCAUGUAUUGAUGAACAUCCAGCCUACAUUAUUUAUGACGAAUUUUGCCCAGAAAAUUGGAUAAAAAAUGAACAGCAUUGUAUUGCACCCUUAGAUUAUUAUGGCCCUUGUUCAAAAAAAAAAAUAUUUGGGGGAUUCACUUCGGAGAUUAAAAAAGCAUAUGCAGAAGAAUGCAACAUUGAAUGGCCAUCCUCUAACACGCUUGUUCCAAAAAGCUUUCCGAAAAUACAGGCAUUGAGAAUGAGAAAAUAUAAUGGGGGUGCAAUUGAACCAAUAAGUGGAGAAAUAAUUUCAAACCUUGUUAUAUAA